AUGUCCGACACUGGAAGACAAUCUCUCACUGACAAGGCCGGUGCCGCCAUGAAGCCCGAUUCCGAGAAGACUUACCUCGAGCAAGGUAAAGACAUGCUCGCUGGUAAAUCUGACUCCGCCGCCUCAUCCGCUCAACCUCAAUCUCAAAAGUCCUUCACUCAAGAGGCCGGAGAUGCCAUCUCUGGUAACUCCAACGAGAACCAAACCUCCAUGGCCGACAAAGCCAAGGAUGCUCUCGGUAUGCAAAAGUAA